AAACCUAUCCAGAGCCAAAAUCAACAACUUAUUUGACAAGUUAAGCAGAGUAAAAGUACAAAGUAUGCAGCAAUUAAUCGUAAAUUACAGCUUAAUUGUUGUAAACUAAUAGAAUAAUUAAAGGUAUACCUUAUUGGUUGAGACUUGAAGGUCUAAGAAAUCGUCUUGAUAGACUUUCCUCUUUUGCUUGAUGUGCUUCGUGUUGGUUACAGUCCAUCUCUUCAAAUUCUCCAUUGCUGCGGAUACGAGAGUGGCUUUGCAAUUCUAAAUUUGGAGCUUUGAAAAGAGUUGAGAGACUAAAUUUCCAGGUGGCGGGAAAGGAUUUUUUUUUUUUUUUUUCCGAGUUUUCAAAGAGGAAGAUUGAUCAAAAUAACGUCGUUUGGAGACAGCUCCCUCUGAGAAGGCUAAAUAUUAGGGACGACGUCGUGUCCAUUAUACUCGGCUAGUCGGCUAGGUUGGGUUGGUUUACCCGAGAGAAGAUUCGGGUUAGGAAGCUACACUGACCAAGCUAUGGGUGUUGCUGAACCUGAACAUUGUCGUUUCGUCGUUGAAUAGGAUAAUUUUAUUCCCGAAUUGCUCUUGAAUUGAAUGCGAGGACCAGGAGUUGGAACCGAUCUCUCUCCUCCACAGCUAAUUUCUCUUAUCCGUCACACAAAAAACCCUAAUUUUUGUUUUUAUUGUUCUAAUUUUUCACACUGGCCGUCAUCGAUAUCGUUAGUCCGCCAUCAAUUAUCGUCAAUUCCUCUGAACUAUAUUUGGAGCUACCAGGUCAUGGAAUCUCUAGGAGAUCAAGUUCUUCGCUAAAUUGGAUCUGCUUGCCAUUUUCGUUUUGGGGGGUCACGACUGCAAUACUAACAGCUGUAGCAAACUGGUGCACCUUUUGAUCUUCAAUCUCCGUGUUAGAGUGGCAUCCUAUCUUGUAAGGAACCUGCGGCCAAAGCUGUUAUGCAGAAACCAUGGGAGAUGGCAACACCACAACCAACAAUAGAAGCAUCUCAACUAACUCCAACAACAAUGAGAAGCCAGAAUGGCUGCAACAGUACAAUCUGAUUGGCAAGAUUGGUGAAGGAACUUAUGGUCUUGUGUUCCUGGCAAAAACCAAGUCUCCUGCAAAUCGUGGAAAGUCCAUUGCCAUCAAGAAAUUCAAGCAGUCAAAGGAUGGAGAUGGUGUCUCCCCUACUGCCAUCCGUGAAAUCAUGUUGCUUAGGGAGAUUUCACAUGAAAAUGUUGUGAAGCUUGUGAAUGUACACAUUAAUCAUGCUGAUAUGUCUCUGUAUCUGGCUUUUGAUUAUGCUGAACAUGAUCUUUAUGAAAUCAUUAGGCAUCACAGAGAUAAGGGUUCCCAUGGCAUUAAUCAGUACACGGUGAAAUCAUUGUUGUGGCAGCUGCUAAAUGGACUGAACUAUCUUCAUAGUAAUUGGAUCAUACAUCGAGAUCUAAAGCCAUCAAAUAUCCUGGUUAUGGGUGAGGGAGAUGAGCACGGGGUUGUUAAAAUUGCUGAUUUUGGACUUGCAAGAAUAUAUCAAGCUCCCUUGAAGCCAUUAUCUGAUAAUGGUGUUGUUGUAACCAUUUGGUAUCGUGCACCUGAGUUGCUUCUUGGAGCGAAGCACUACACAAGUGCUGUUGAUAUGUGGGCUGUGGGAUGCAUUUUUGCUGAACUCUUGACUUUGAAGCCACUUUUUCAAGGGGCAGAAGCCAAAUCCACGCCAAAUCCCUUCCAGCUUGAUCAGUUGGACAAGAUAUUUAAGGUCUUAGGCCAUCCUACACUUGAGAAGUGGCCAACACUUGCCAGUCUUCCACAUUGGCAAUCAGAUUUGCAACAUAUCCAAGGGCACAAGUAUGAGAAUACGGGAUUGCAUAAUGUUGUGCAUCUCUCUCCAAAAAGUGCUCCAUAUGACCUCCUAUCUAAGAUGCUUGAAUAUGAUCCUCGAAAGCGGAUAACUGCAGCACAGGCUCUAGAGCAUGAGUAUUUUCGGAUUGAACCUCUACCAGGACGCAAUGCCCUGGUCCCUUCUCAACCUGGAGAAAAAGUGAUCAACUAUCCUACUCGUCCAGUAGACACAAAUACAGAUUUUGAAGGAACAACUAGUCUUCAGCCUCCACAACCAGUAUCAUCCGGAAAUGCAGUUUCUGGAGGUAUGCCAGGUGCUCAUGGAGUGGCGAACAGAUCUGCUCCUCGGCCAAUGCCAAUGGGCAUGCAGAGAAUGCAAUCUCAGGCCAUGGCUGGUUACAAUAUUGCUCAGGCAGGGAUGGGAGGUGGAAUGAAUCCAGCUGGCAUACCAAUGCCAAGAGGUGUUGCUGCCCAGCCCCAUCAGCAGCAACAUUUACGGAGGAAAGACCCACCAGGAAUGGGGUCUGGAUACCCUCCACAGCAGAAAUCCAGGCGCCAAUAAGCGAAUGACAUUUGAUUGUGAGCUAUAAUUUAACUUCUGUUGGAGCACAAUCCUGUCCCUCUAGAAGGGCAUCCAAGUUCAAGUCCAAGUCCAACUCAUUAAGGUUUUUCAGUCAUGCCAUGUAUGGGACAUUUGGUCAGCUGCUGUACUGUAAACCUGUUUCUGACAUGGCAGCGUCAUCUGAGCUUGAGGAGGCACCUUAAUUGAUGCCUAUCAGUAUGAAUUUUGAGCUACAUAUCCAAAUGGCAAGGUAUCAUGGUAGGAGAGGGUGCAAGAAAAUAUCUUGUAUUUGGAAUGGUUCCUUGACGUUGGUGGACUAAAGUUUGUCAUUUCUUACCCUUUUAAGGGAUGUAUAUCAGUGUAUGAAAUUAAUACGAGACAAAGGCUUCUUCUUCUUGCUUGUGAAGCAGAAUUCACACGUUCA